GCCUAUUGGUCCGCGCGGGUGCUCGUCACCGCUGAGGCCCCGCCCGCGCUCUCCUCAGGGCCCCAGAGGGUCCCGGUCCCGCGUCCCCCCGGUGUCCCCGGAGCCCGCGGUGUCCCCGGUGUCCCCGGAGCCGCCCCCGCAGCCCCGCGGAUGUCGCGGAAGGAGCGUGAGGAGCCGGAGGGCGAGGCUGGGGAGGGCGACGGCCCGUUCCCGUGCGGGGACGAGCCCCCCGACGAGGGGCCCGACAGGCCGGAGCCCCCCCCUCCGUCGCCGCCCCUGGACGGCCCGGCCUCGCGGUUCUUCGCGGCGCUGGAGGCGAGCCUGGGCUCCCUGCAGGAGCGGGCGCAGCGGCUGAUCCGGCGCGUCAACGAGGGGCGCAGGGACGACCAGGGGCUGGUGAGCGGCCUGCGCGAGGGGCUGCUGCUCAAGGUGUCGUCCCUGGCGGAGCAGCUGGAGGAGCGGCUGUUCCAGCUCUACGGGCUGCACACCGAGCGGCUGCAGCGGCGGCUGCAGGAGCUGGCGGAGCUGCUGGAGCGCGUGGCGCAGGCCCAGGCCGAGCUGCGCCGCGUGUGCCGCACCGUGGAGGCCGCGUACCGGGAGCUGUGCCUGCAGCACGAGGCCUGAGCCCCGCGGGACCCCAGACCCGCCCCACGGGGACCCCAGACCCAUAGGAGCCCCCCAGACCCAUAGGAGCCCCCCAGACCCAUAGGAACCCCCCCAGGCCGUGUACCGGGAGCUGUGCCUGCAGCACGAGGCCUGAGCCCCGCGGGAGCCCAGACCCCCCCCAUGGGGAGCCCCCAGACCCAUAGGAACCCCCCAGACCCAUAGGAGCCCCCCAGACCCAUAGGAACCCCCCAGACCCAUAGGAGCCCCCCAGACCCAUAGGAACCCCCCAGACCCAUAGGAGCCCCCCAGACCCAUAGGAGCCCCCCAGACCCAUAGGAGCCCCCCAGGCCGCGUACCGGGAGCUGUGCCUGCAGCACGAGGCCUGAGCCCCAUGGGAACCCAGACCUACCCCAUGGGGAGCCCCCAGACCCAACAGGGACCCCAGACCGCCCAGGGCACCCCCAGACUCAUAGGAACCCACCAGGGCACCCCCAGACCCACCAGGGCACUCCCAGACCCAACACGGGACGCCAAACCCACCAGGGCCCCCUGAACCUGCCAGGGGUCCCCCAAACCCGUGUCGUUCCCCUAAACCCAUGGGGGCUCCCCCAAGUCUGCCAGGGUCUCCCCAGAACCAAUGGGGUCCCCCCCAAAUCUGCCGGGGUCCCCUAAAUCCAUGGGACACCCCCAUGCCUACAGGCCCCCCAACCUGCCAGGGUCCCCCAAACCCACGGGGCCCCCCCAAGCCACGGGGCCCCCAAACCCGCGGUGCCGCGUCCCCCGGGCGUUUGUUUCCGUUGCUGUUGCAGUUCGGGUUGAGAACAAAUAAAAAGAACAAUGUUUAAA